AUUAAGCGUCCUUACAUCAAAACAAAUAAAAUUUCGAAUUUGUAAAUUGUCCUGAAAUAAAUGUUUUAAAGAAGAAAUUAAGAGUUCAAAAUACUUAAUCAAAGCUUAAUUGUAGCUAGAAACAUUUGCAAACUUUCUAGUGUAUGAAAAAUACUGUAUGACUUAAAGUCCAAGACAAUUUCAAAAGAGCGAAGAUAAGUGCAGUUGAAGGUUAUGGAGUCAACGAUCGAAGGAAUGGAAAAUCCAGUAAAUGAUGGAGCAGAAACCAGCACAGAAUACUUACAGAAUGAGCAUAAAAAACUUUAUUUCUUAGGCUUGGAAACACAUUUACUGACGAAACAAUUGAAAGACUUCAAAAGUAACUACAAUAAAAUCGACAAAAAUUUAGCAACUGUUUUGUUGACAGCUGUCGAAGCAAUAUCAGAAUUUUUAGAAGACGCUGAAGUUCAAGACAGUGAUGAGAAAUCAGACGUUUUCUCCAUCAUUCCUACAAUAGAACUUGAAAUUCUUCAAGCUCACCGAUAUUACUAUUGCAAGCCUUGCAAUCAAUCAAUAAAGAAUUCGCAACGUCAUACGAGAGUUUGUGAACGAUUGAGACAACAACUUUCAUUUCGUUAUCCUAACGUUGCUCUUUAUCCAUUUGGAAGUGUUAUUUAUGGACUUGGAAGAAGCGGUGGUGAUCUCGAUAUUUUUAUCGAUACGGAGAACUGUUUUCAUAAUAAGUUGAGUAGACGUAAAAUGAAAGAAUCAAUUCAUAAAACUCGAUCUACUUUAGAACAAAAUCCUCGUCACUGGAGUGAUCUUGAGUCUGUUAUUCAUGCUCGCACGCCAAUUUUACGAGCAUAUUGUCGUUCUGAAAAAAUUGAUUGCGAUCUAAGCUUCAGCAAUGGUCUCAGUUCAUGCAACACUCAACUUAUUGGAUACUUUGUCGAGUUGCAGCCUGUGUGCAAGAAACUGACAGCAUUCAUCAAAUUCUGGACAUCAAAACUUGAUUUAGGAAUUAAUUCGUAUAUCAAUACUUUGCUUGUCAUUUUUUAUUUGCAACAGGAGAAAGUUCUGCCAUCAGUUCAGACACUUCAAGAGUAUUCGCGUCCAGUGUUGAUUGACGGUUGGAAUGCCAACUUUGCCACGAUUACUCUGUCAGGAUUAAAAAUACCUUUGGCAACUGAUUUCAAAAAAUAUUUGCUGGGAUUCUUUCAUUUCUAUGGAUUUAACUUCAAUUAUGAGACAAACGUCAUUUCCAUUCUCACUGGAACUGCAGUGAAAAAAGAUAUUUUUGAUCAUGGCAAGGAACAUUUGCUGCCUCCGGUAUUCGAAAGAUUUAAACAGUACAUGGAAACCAUCGAUAUAGAAGAAGCUGAUGAAGUUGAAGAUCUUUUUUCAAAUCAUAAGCCUAUGGUCAUCCAAGAUCCCUUUGAACUUUGUCAUAAUUUAUCUGGCGGCUUACAAAUCUUUUUCGGCGCAACGUUUGCUUGGAAUCAUCUUAAUUAUUCACUUGUGUUGGGAAAUCAUUUUUGGGUGCCUUCAACGAUACUUUUAUGUCUCGGACCAGUGACUUAUCUUCUUUGCUGGCUAGGAUGGAAUGCAGUCAGUAAACGAAACCGUAACUAUUUGAAAAUUUUUACGACACUUUUGGUGAUAUUAGUGUGUAUACAAUUUGUAUUGUCGGCAUGGUCUCUAGCGUUAAGAGAGAAGCUUCCAGGAGCAGCAAAACAUCCAAUGGACACUUCAUAUGCUGACUUCAAAGAAAAGAUCAGCGAUCAUACACACGUUUGGCAUAAAUUGCAAUACGAGUUGCAAUGUUGUGGCGUAUACGAGCUAAGUGACUACUUCCGAACUGGCGGAAGUCACUCAGGAGUGCCAUGGAGUUGCUGCACAAUUCCAACUCAACCUGAUCAUUCAGCUUGCAAAUCUUUCUAUCAACGAGGUUGCAUGCACAUAUUAAGUGACACCAUUCGUGAUCGUCUCUUUUAUGUAUCAAUUGUACUUAUAAGUGCUGCCAUCGUUCAAUCAAUGGGACUCUUUUGCAUCAUUCAAUUAACAAUUCUUCUUCAUGAUCAAGAAAAGCAAGUUGAUCCCAAUGAACUGCCAUCAACAUCAGCGAGAUCAACAGAACGACGAAAUCGAAGAAAUAAAGAACUUUUGCCACUUGCGCAAAAAUCCAAUCUAGUUAACGAAACGAUUGAUGACAUGGAGAACAACGAAUUGAUAUUCAACAUCACAAGUCAGAUCAAAGAUCUCAACAAAAAGCCUUGCGAAAAAAUGAAAGAUUUCAAGCAAAGCCGAUGGAAUUUUUUAUCGAGCGGUUCUAUUUUUACAACGAAAACUACCUACUCGAUCCAUAACUAUUACCUCGAACUCUGUGAAGAAGAGACUGAAAACCGCUCAGAGAACAGAUUAAGCUUGAUGGUGUGUGAUGACAACAAAGAGUUGUUAGUGAUGAUUCGAAUCAUAAUUCUUUCAGUUAUUAUUGGAAUAUUAUUGUUAAUUUUUCUGCUUUAUUCGUUGAUUAACGAGUUGAAAGAUCUCAAUGGAAAAUGUAUGAUCGGCUUCGUAUUUGCAUUAAUUAUCGCAAAUAUAUUUUCACGAAAUUUCUCAACGUUGGGCAUUGUUGUUGCAAGUAUCGCCUUGAUCGUUGCGUUUUUAUGGAUAAAUGUCUUGAUUUUUGAUGUUUGGUGGGUUUUGAGUAACUUUCGAUUUACAUCAGGAGGGAAAUUCAAACAUUACAGCAUUUAUGUUUUUAUUGCUACAAUCAUUACAAGCAUCUUUAUCAUUGUCUUUUAUGAUAAAUUCUUUGUCCCAUUAAUUCUGCUUCUAAUCGAGUUGCUAUUGUGUGCAAUUUGUUUUAUAUUUUCUGCGAGAUUAUUUUAUGAAAUGACUGGCAUUAAUCUUGAUUUCGGACGAAAACGAUUGGAAUGUCAAGAACAAAGAUUUCAAAUUUUUUUGAUAUUUUUCUUAUCCACUGGCUUAGCUUGGUCGAUUGAGAUUUGUACAUGGGAGCUUGUUGAACCUGGAAUAGCAUUCAUCGUUGCUGAUGCAUUGAAAUGUUUACAUUCAAUCAUUGUGUUUAUUAUACUUGUGCUUAAAAAAGAACCAAGAAACGUUCUAGUUCGGAAUAUUUGUUGCUGUUAUAGAAUAAUUUUACCUUUUGAAGUGUUGAUGAUUGAAAGUCAAUAA